GAAUUCACACUUGUUAUCUAGUAUCUAGUUGAAAGUGAUACACCUUAUAUGAUAAAAAAGGUAUUAAAAACUGAAAAAUCCAAAACCAAUUUAAAUAUUCUACAUUAUACUGUCUUUAAUUAUGUCAAUCGCGUCUAAUAAGGAAAUAUAAAAUAUAUAUCACUAUGGAAACAGUACGCGGCAAAGUAGCUUUGAUCACUGGAGGAGCUCGUGGCAUAGGAUUAGAAUUUGCACAGGUCCUUUUGAAAAAUGGAUUAAAGGGUGUCGCAAUUGUAGAUGUUAACGAAGAAGCUGGAAAUCGAGCAAUAGAUAAAAUAAACAAGGAAUAUUCUUUAGAAAAGGCUAUUUUUUUAUUUGCAGACGUAUCCGACUUUGAACAAUUAAAAGAAACAUUUAAAAAAACCAUGGAUAAGUUUAAACAACUUGAUAUAGUAAUAAACAACGCAGCUGUAAUUGACGAAGAAAAUUGGAAAAAUGCAAUUUCAAUUAAUUGUACUGGUGUUGUUAAUGGAACAUUGCUGGCAUUAAAUGACUACUUACCAAAAUUUAAAUCUGGAGACGAAGGAAUUAUAAUAAAUAUGUCCUCGAUUGGAGCCCUUGAACAAAAUGCAGGACUCCCAAUAUUACCCAUCUAUUGUAGUACUAAAAGUUUCGUUUUAUGGUACUCUCGAAAAAUUAGUUUGGCAGAGUCGAAUGCCAAUAAGAAAAUUCGAGUUCUAACCAUAUGUCCUGGUUUAACUAACACUGCUCUUUUGAAUAAUGAAGAUAGUCUUAAAGAAAUGGCAACACUUAUUGGAAUGCAAGAACCUAACCACGUGGCCAAGGAGCUAAUAACCGUAAUUGAAAAUGGUGUUAAUGGUUCGGUAUGGGUAAUAGAUGAUGGAAAUGAGGCUAUUCCUAUUAACUUUAAUCAAUAAUUAAAACAAAGUAAAAACAUCUGAGAGGGUUUUUUUCGUCUUAUAAUUUACAAGUUUA